AUGUAUGAAUUCUAUAGGCAGCUUAUGGUUGGGAAGGCGCUUCUGGAGAUAAUUGACGAGAAGGUGAAUGCGAAUGUGUUGACGCCGAACCAAGGAAAGCGGAUUCUUGAGAUGUAUGAUCUGAGUGUUCCUGUUGUAUUUAAUAGAUCUGUUACGAGUUCAAUGAGCUUCAAAGGAAAGGUUGACUUUUACAACCAUGUUGAUGGAGUGUGGAGGUUCCAAACGAAUGAUUUUGUGAUGUCUCUGAACAAUGAGUACUUCCGAGCAGUGGAUGUAAACAUUGUGGCGUGUGAUGCAGACACGAACACUGAUGCAGGAAGAAGGAGACGAAGGAAGGGAUGA